AUGAUGAGAGAAGAACACCUCUCUGGCUAUUUAGUGUUGGAGUUUGACAAUACUUUGAAUAACAACAACAACAACAACAACAGAGCAAACAAUUCCAAUUCUACUAGUGUUGGCGAACUAUCAGUAGAUAAUACAGGAAAUAUUACUUUUCCUACCCUUUCCCAUUCUGAGGAAGAGAACCUAGUAGCAGGUUCUGCGAGUACUACUUUGGGGGAGCCUAUCAUCACCCUUAGCACUAGUGAUGUAGACAGUGCUCGUAGUGCUCGUGGUUCUCAUGGUAGACGUAGUUCUCGUGGUGGACGUGGUUCUUGUGGUAGACGUGGUGUUGAUCAUGGCCUAGACAGCGUUAUUGACCAAGAUGAAGCUAUUGCUCCAACACAAGCAUCCAACCAAGUAAACCUUUCUUGGGACCACCAGUCAAUUGUUAUACUUUUGAAUGACAUUAUAAAGCCUAACUAUAUGAGCUUAAUUGACAUGUCUAACAUGCAAUUAAAAGGCGAAAGGUGGAACCAGAUGGCAGAGACCUUCAAGAGGCAUCUUGAUCAACAUGGGCUCGAUAUGGCUCUUACUGGGACAGGUGUUGGAGGAGGCACAGGUGAAGAGAGGUGGCUAUUUUACAACUAUGUGUUUGAAAUCCUGCGUGAUGAUCCAUCAGAAAAUUCUGGUAUCAACGUCGAAUCCAUGGUUCGUGGUCGCUGCCAUGGAGUAACAAUUUCCAUAGAAUCUCGUGCCAAAGCUGCUAUAACUGAAUUGCAGAGAAACAUUGAGGUUGCUGCUUCUACUUCUGCUGUUGAAUUGUCUCUUCUCAAUACUUUAGACACGAAUAUUGCAACAGCCACAUUAAACAGCACCAAUACUUCCGGUCCUUCUAGUAGGCUACCCACCAGGGAAUAUGAGGCAGAAAGAGAUGACAUGCUCUUUGAAAGGCUUCUGGGCAUGCACCGUGAGAUUGAAGAGCACUCAAAGGAAGUUUUGUAUCCUCUUGCUGAUUCAAUGAGAGAGGAGAAUGAAGCCUUCCAAAGAGACCAGCAGCAACAGCAUCAGCAGAUGUUGGAAACGUUGAAAAGGGUUUUGAGAGAGUCUGAUGACCGCCUGUUAAGCAUCAUUGGGCCUUUCUUUAACACUAGAAAUAGAAAUGGUGAAAAUAAUAGUAAUGAUAAUAAUAGCUAG